AUGGAAGGCGGCGGCCAGCCCGAGCCCCCGUCCGGCAGCCGAGACGGGGGCAGCGGCGCGUUCCCCGGCAGGGCGCCCGCGACGGCCGAGCAGCGCCCGGGCCCCCCGCCGGCGGGCGGCGGCGCGGGCGGGAAGGAGCACGGCAACUCCGUGUGCUGCAAGGUGGACGGCGGCGGCGGCGGCGAGGAGGCGGCGGGCGGCGAGGACGCGGCGGCGCCCCGGCGGCCGUACGGCUUCAUGCAGCGCCAGUUCACCUCCAUGCUGCAGCCCGGCGUCAACAAAUUCUCGCUCCGCAUGUUCGGGAGCCAGAAGGCGGUGGAGAAGGAGCAGGAAAGGGUUAAGACUGCGGGCUUCUGGAUCAUCCACCCCUACAGCGACUUCAGGUUUUAUUGGGAUUUAAUAAUGCUUAUAAUGAUGGUUGGAAAUCUGGUCAUCAUACCAGUUGGAAUCACAUUCUUUACAGAACAGACAACAACACCAUGGAUUAUUUUCAAUGUGGCUUCAGAUACAGUUUUCCUUUUGGACUUGAUCAUGAAUUUCAGGACUGGGACUGUCAAUGAAGACAGCUCUGAAAUCAUCCUGGACCCUAAGGUGAUCAAGAUGAAUUACUUAAAAAGCUGGUUUGUGGUUGACUUCAUCUCCUCAAUCCCAGUGGAUUAUAUCUUCCUCAUUGUAGAAAAAGGAAUGGAUUCAGAAGUUUACAAGACGGCCAGGGCACUUCGAAUUGUGAGGUUUACAAAAAUCCUCAGUCUCUUGCGUUUAUUACGACUUUCAAGAUUAAUUAGAUACAUACAUCAGUGGGAAGAGAUCUUCCACAUGACGUACGACCUGGCCAGCGCCGUGGUGCGCAUCUUCAACCUCAUCGGCAUGAUGCUGCUGCUGUGCCACUGGGACGGCUGCCUGCAGUUCCUGGUGCCGCUGCUGCAGGACUUCCCGCCCGACUGCUGGGUGUCCCUCAACGAGAUGGUCAACGACUCCUGGGGCAAGCAGUACUCGUACGCGCUCUUCAAGGCCAUGAGCCACAUGCUGUGCAUCGGCUACGGCGCGCAGGCCCCCGUCAGCAUGUCCGACGUGUGGAUCACCAUGCUCAGCAUGAUCGUGGGCGCCACCUGCUACGCCAUGUUCGUGGGCCACGCCACGGCGCUCAUCCAGUCGCUGGACUCGUCGCGCCGCCAGUACCAGGAGAAGUAUAAGCAAGUGGAACAGUACAUGUCAUUCCACAAGCUCCCAGCUGAUAUGCGUCAGAAGAUACACGAUUACUAUGAACACAGAUACCAAGGCAAAAUCUUUGAUGAGGAGAACAUUCUCAGUGAACUCAACGAUCCUCUGAGAGAGGAGAUCGUCAACUUCAACUGCCGAAAACUAGUGGCUACGAUGCCUCUUUUUGCUAAUGCGGAUCCUAAUUUCGUGACCGCCAUGCUGAGCAAGUUGAGAUUUGAGGUGUUUCAACCUGGAGAUUAUAUCAUACGAGAAGGAGCUGUGGGUAAAAAAAUGUAUUUCAUUCAACAUGGUGUUGCUGGUGUCAUCACAAAAUCCAGUAAAGAGAUGAAGCUGACAGAUGGCUCUUACUUUGGAGAGAUUUGCCUGUUGACCAAGGGACGGCGCACAGCCAGCGUUCGAGCUGAUACAUAUUGUCGUCUUUACUCACUUUCUGUGGACAACUUCAACGAAGUCCUAGAGGAAUAUCCAAUGAUGAGAAGAGCCUUUGAGACGGUGGCCAUUGACCGACUGGAUCGGAUAGGAAAGAAGAACUCGCUCCUUCUGCAGAAGUUUCAGAAGGACCUGAACACCGGCGUCUUCAACAACCAGGAGAACGAGAUCCUGAAGCAGAUCGUGAGGCACGACCGCGAGAUGGUGCAGGCGAUCGCCCCCCUCAGCUACCCCCCGAUGCCGGCCCCGAACUGCGCGCCCCCCACGCCCGCCCCGGGCCCGCGCGCCAGGACGCAGUCCCCGCCGGCCCGCGCGGCCCCCGGCCCGGCCCCCGGCGGCCCGCGCGGCCCCGGCCCCGGCACGCCGGCCGCCCCGCCGCCCGCCGCCCUCUCGCCCUGCGCCUACGGCCCCGCGGCGCGCAGCCCGCCCGGGCAGAGCCCGCUGGCCGCGCGAACGUUCCAGGACGCGUCGCCCGCCGCCUCGCAGCUGUCCCUCGUGCAGCCGCCGCCGCAGGGCCCCGGCGGCGCCGCCCCGAGGGCCGAGGCGCACCGCAGCACGCAGGCGCUGCCCAGCGCCGGCCUGACGCGGGAGGUGCGGCCGCUCUCGGCCUCGCAGCCCUCGCUGCCGCACGAGGCCUGCGCCGCGCCCGGCAGGCCGCGCCCCGCCCCGGGCGAGGCCCCGGCCGCCCCGCCGCCGCCCGCCGCGGGGGCCGGGGGCGGCGCGCCCGCGCGCCUGGCGCUCUUCCGGCAGCUGUCGGCGGGCGCCGCCCCCCCCGCCCGCGGCCUGCCCGCCGCGCCGCCCCCGCCCGCGGCCGCCACCUCGCGGGAGGCGCCCGCGGGCUUCCGCGCGGACCCCGAGGCCGAGAAGCCGCGCCUGGCCGCCAACUUGUGA